CUCCAUGAGCGGCACUAUGCGGUCUGUGUGCGUACUGACGUCCGGCGGUGACUCGCAGGGAAUGAACGCGGCACUGCGCGGAGUGGCCCGGGCGAGCCUGUCGGCAGGCGUCAAGGUCUUUGCGGUGUGGGACGGAUACAAGGGACUGGUGGAGGGAGUCAUGAGCGAGUUGUCGUGGUUGGACUGCUCCAACAUGGUGGCUGCUGGUGGAACAAAGUACGGGACGGCACGAUGUGCUCAAUUUCGGACGGAAGAAGGCCGCCGCGCCGCUGUCGUCAAUCUGGUCAAGGCCAAUGCCGGCGCUCUGGUUGUCAUCGGCGGCGAUGGCUCGCUCACGGGCGCUUCCAUCCUCGCUUCCGAGUGGGACGAUCAUGUGCAAAAGGCGGUGGCAAACGGCGAGCUGCCUCAGGACUUCGCUGCCGCUGCAGAGCUGCAUGUCGUCGGCCUCGUUGGCUCGAUCGACAACGACAUGUUCGGCACUCACUUUACCAUCGGCUGCGUCUCGGCCCUCCAUCGCAUCGUGGAGGCCGUCGACGCCAUCCGCGCCACCGCGGCCUCGCACUCGCGGACCUUUGUCGUCGAAGUCAUGGGCCGCAACUGCGGCUGGCUGGCGCUCAUGGCCGGUCUCGCCACCCAGGCCGACUUUGUCUUUAUCCCCGAGUCGCCGCCCUCGCCCUGCACCUCUACCUCGGUUCCCACGGUCUCGACCACCACCGGCGAGCUGCUCGAGUCGUGGGCCGCAACGCUAGUGGCCAAGCUGGCUCGUGUCGAAGGCAAGCGCUGGUCGGUCGUCAUUGUCUCCGAGGGCGCUCACGACUGCAAGAUGGAGCCCAUCACUGCCGCCCGCAUCAAGGAGGUCAUCGAGGCCGAGCUCGGCCACGACACCCGCAUCACCAAGCUAGGCCACGUUCAGCGCGGCGGUAAGCCGGCGGCCUUUGACCGAUACAUGUCGACCAACCUCGGCAUUGCCGCCUUUGACGCCCUGGCAGGCUACGCCGCCGCCGGCCCGCCCGCGCCCGAGCCCGUCUACUUUGGCUGCUCAGACGCCUCGGUCUACCCGGUCGCCCUCCAUCCAGCCGUCGCCGCCACCCGCAACGUCCACGACCUCGUUGCCGCCGGCAAGUACGACGACGCCAUGGUUGCUCGCGGCGCCGAGUACCCACAGCUCUUCCGCAUGCUCCGUACCCUCCUCCGCUCCGACCCGCACGACCGCUCCGCCCACGCCCUGCCUGACUACCGGGUCGCCAUCAUGCACGUCGGCGCACCGGCGCCCGGCAUGAACGCCGCCGUUGCCACCCUGACUCGCAUCUUCCUCGACGCCGGUGUCUCCGACGUCGUCGGCAUCCACAAUGGCUUCGAGGGCCUUGCCAAGGGCAAGACCUGCCCGCUCACUUGGGCCCACGUCCGAGAGUGGGUUCCCGAGGGCGGCGCCAAGCUCGGCACCACCCGCACUCUGCCCGCCGACCUUGCGCCCGCCGGCACCCCGCCGGACAAGGCUCUCGAGUGGCUUAUCCCGCACCUCUCGGCCUUUAACGCCCUUGUCAUCAUCGGCGGUUUCGAGGCUGCGUCGAUCCUCGUCGACCUCGCUGAUGCCGCGCCGCGCCUCUGGCCGCACCUCUCCGGCAUGCUCAUUCCGGCCACCAUCUCCAACAACGUGCCAUGCACCCAGUACUCAAUCGGCACAGACACUGCGCUGAACGCCAUCGUCGAGGCCUGUGACCGCGUCAAGCAGUCGGCCUACUCUUCAGCCCACAGGGUUUUUGUCGUCGAAGUUAUGGGCGCCCGCUGCGGCUUCCUCGCCACCAUGGCCGGCCUCGCCGCAGGUGCUGAAAAGGUCUACACCCACGAGCGUGGUAUCUCCGCCGCCGCCAUCCUCGCCGACGUCAAGGACUUUUGCGCCCGCUUCACUGCCUCAACCGAGUCCAACACCCCACGCUCUGCUCUCGUCAUCACCGCCAACGCUGCAUCGGAAACGUACACCACCCCGAUGAUGUGCGCGCUGUACGAGGCCGAGAGUGACGGCAUUUUCUCCGUCCGCGCCUCCGUCCUCGGCUACCUGCAGCAAGGCGGCUCGCCGACUCCGCUCGACCGCAUCCGCGGCAUCGAGCUGGCUGCGGCCUCGGCCGCCCGCAUCCUCGAGCUCCGCGACUCCACCGACACUGCCUUUCUGGUCUGCGGUACCUCCGAGUCUGCCGUCAUCUUUUCCGACAUGUCCUCCCUCGACGGCUCCAUGGAUCGCGCAAACCGGCGUCCGCGUUGCCAGUGGUGGGACGAUCUCGCCACCCGCAACAUCUCCAUCACCUCAGCCGAGACCGAGCCGCACCCCGACUUUGCCCCCGGCUUUGCCCCCGUCACCAGCGCUGGGCCGUCCGCCCCUUGA